AGAUUGCAGAACCAAUUUAAUGCUCGUUUUCCAAGAACUUCGACUGACCUGAGGGUCAAAGGUGGCUUAGAAAGUUUGAGACUCCUAUAAGAAGGCCUUUAUUCUGUCUGGGAGUGGAUUUUGACACUUGUCGGCACAAGGAAGAGUUAAGUUGCAGGUCCUUCAGUGUUACUACAGUAAAUCAUUGUGUCGGCAAGUGCGUAUAAAUGCAAUGAAGUGGCACGCUCCUCAGAAGGCCAGCGGUUUCUACUCGUGCUCUUCUAACUCAAUCAACAUGACGACCAAGGAAGACCUUGAAGCCAUCGAGAACCAGAUAUCCACCAUCCAAUGUUCCCAUGGUGAGAUGGCCGGCCCGGUUCUUGCCCAUGGCAGGUUAAAAACAGUAGAGAAGGGGCGAAACUGGGGAUGGCUUCUGUCGGGGUUCAUCUCCCUAAAUAUCCUUCUCCUGGGAAUCGCCAUCGUGAGCGGGAGUGUCUUCAACAAGAUCCAGAUCUCUUCUUCUCAUCUUCUGAUUUUCCUCAUCUUACUCGUCAUCCUCACCACCGUUUGGAUGGUUUACUACAAAGUCCACACUUCUCGGGUGUAUCGAGCAGUGCUGUAUAUAGACAGUCAUGCUGGACCAGUUUGGCUGAGAGCUGGACUGGUUCUGUUUGGCGUCUGCAGUGUCAUCAUGGAUAUUUUCAAGAUCAUUUAUUACGUGGGUCGAAUCCACUGCGAUUCCCCGGUGAAAGUCGUGUUCCCUGCUGUGCAAGCUCUGUUUGUCAUCGUCCAGACAUACGUCCUCUGGGUCCACGCAAAAGACUGCGUACAGAUACAGCAAAACAUCACACGAUUUGGCUUGAUGUUGACCUUGUCUACGAACCUCAUGGUGUGGAUGACGGCUGUGACUGAAGAGUCGCUCCAUCAAACAGUGGCUCCAAUGGACCCUUCGUCCAACGGUUCCUCAAACAACGGCCACAGCUUCAACGUCACCAUAGAAGGCCGCGCUGAAGACAGCGAAUGCAAGUGUAUCCAUGACAUGUGUGAUGUUUUCGAGAAGACCUUUUACUACCUGUACCCCUUCAACAUCGAGUACAGCCUCUUCGCCUCCGCCUUGGCCUACGUCAUGUGGAAGAACGUGGGCCGCAACAUGGAUGAACACCACAGUCACAAGCUGCGCUUCAGCCCGUGGGACGUCCUAGUCGGGCCGGUGGCGGGUCUGAUCAUCCUAGUGGCGGGUCUGGCGACAUUCGUGGUUUACGAGGUGGACGUGGCCAAAGGAGACCCGAAAAAGACGGAGGGAGCGCUAAUAAUGCAUUAUAUAAUGAACAUAGUCGCCAUCAUUCUCAUGUCCAUCACGUGUCUGAUCGGUUGUGUGAUUUUCCGCAUGGAUAAGAGGGAGCAAGUGUCCGGGAAGAACCCAACGAGGAGUCUGGAUGUCGGGCUUCUUGUGGGAGCGUCUUUAGGACAGUUCCUCAUCUGUUACUUCAUUAUCGUCGCGGUUCUGGCGUCAGGGGUCAUGGGGAGCACGAACAGGCUCAACCUGGUCUGCGCUGUCCUGACCGUGAUCCAGUUGUGUCUCCAGAACGCCUUCAUCAUCAAGGGCCUCCACCGGGAGCCGUUCAUCGAGACGGAGACGAGCACCGUCUUCGCAAACAUCAUGGCCGUGAGAGAGAGAGACCCGGAGAGGAGGAGCAGCUCGAUCGUCCCGGCUCACACGCUACCCAUCCCGCUGGGGAUCCUUCAGGGUCGCCUCUGCUGGAAGAGGAGGAUGCUUAAGGAGAUCUGCGCUUUCCUGUUGUUCUGCAACGUCAUUCUCUGGAUCAUGCCUGCCUUCGGAGCCCGGCCUCAGUUCGACAACACCGUCGGGUCGGACGUGUACGAGUUUCAGACGUGGGCGGUUGCGGUGAACAUCGGGAUGCCGUUCGGGAUCUUCUACCGGCUGCACUCAGUGGCCAGUCUGUUCGAGGUGUGCAUCACCUCAUAAACCCACUGACCACUCAUGAACUGUACGCGCUUAUGCACAUUGUAAUUUAUAUAUAUUUUUAAUAGUGUAUUUUUGUUUGGUUGAAUGUCACAUUUUGUACUACAUUUUUAUUGGAUAACACAACGAUGUGUAUGUGUAU